CACUGCCACAUACGUGUCUGUAAUUUUCUGUCUUCGUGGACGAAGCCGACGACUUUUGUUAAAGCCCUUUUAAUUGCAUUUAGCUAGGUUAAUCUCCGCAGGAAGAAUCCCAAACACACAGCCGCAGCCAUGGGCGUAGCCAGCAUGUUGCAGAUCGACGAGAUGCUGGGCGACUUCAACAGAAUGAACAAGCGUCAGUCCCUGUAUCAGGUGCUGAGCUUCGCCAUGAUCGUCUCCUCGGCCCUGAUGAUUUGGAAGGGUCUCAUGGUGGUCACCGGCAGCGAAUCGCCCAUUGUGGUGGUUCUCAGUGGCAGCAUGGAGCCGGCUUUUCACCGCGGCGACCUUCUCUUCCUCACCAACUACAAGGAGGAGCCGGUGCGUGUCGGCGAGAUCGUCGUUUUCAAGGUGGAGGGCAGGGACAUACCCAUAGUGCAUCGCGUGAUCAAGCUGCACGAAAAGGAGGACGGCACCGUCAAGUUCCUUACCAAGGGCGACAACAACAAUGUGGACGAUCGGGGUCUCUAUGCGCCCAAUCAGCUUUGGUUGACCAAGAAGGAUAUUGUGGGCCGGGCCAGGGGCUUCCUGCCCUACGUGGGCAUCAUUACGAUCUUCAUGAACGAAUAUCCAAAGGUUAAGUGGGCCAUCCUCUCCAUUCUGGCCAUUUUCGUGCUGCUGCAUCGGGAAUAGACGGUUUCGCUCUUAUUUUGUAGGUACAAUUUAUAAGUAGGAAGUGCACAAUCUCGAGCCUGUUCGCAUUUUCUUUUGAAGGAUCCGAUACAGCGAUUUCCUUACCACCACCACCACCCAACAAAAAGAUCGUUGUCCGGAGCUGAGUUUCAAUAAAGACACAAGUAACAAUUUUUAA